GGGUAUUUGUCCAAAGUGGAGUACAAUCUUGUGCGCAAGAAGUGAACAUGGAGAAGCACUGGUCGGCAGUUUGUGCUCUGAUUUUUACACUCGGUGCAUUUCUGCACUUUAACAUAGUAUUUGCUGCAGAAGCUGGCAAUUUAACAGCUAAGCCAGGAGUGUGUCCUCCCAAGCAAGGGGACCUCGGGCUGUGUGCUGAAUUUUGCUCUAAUGACAGUGACUGCCCCAAAAAUGAGAAGUGCUGCUCAAAUGGAUGUGGACAUCAGUGCAUGACACCUUACACAGGUGAAGCUGAAGCUAAGCCAGGAGUGUGUCCUCCCAAGCAACGGGGCUUCCGGCUGUGUGUUGAACUUUGCUCUAAUGACAGUGACUGCCCCAAAAAUGAAAAGUGCUGCUCAAAUGGAUGUGGACAUCAGUGCAUGGCACUGUACACAGCUAAGCCAGGAGUGUGUCCUCGCAGGCAAUGGGGCGCCGGGCUGUGUGCUGAAUUUUGCUCUAAUGACAGUGAUUGCCCCCAAAAUGAGAAGUGCUGCUCAAAUGGAUGUGGACAUCAGUGCAUGACACCUUACACAGUGAAGCGGGGCCGCUGUCCUCUGCCCACCGGGACCCCCAUGUGUGCGGAGUACUGCUAUCAUGAUGGUCAGUGUCCAGGAGAACAGAAGUGCUGCAAGACAACCUGCGGCCAUGCCUGCAGCGAGCCCUGCUGAUUGGAUAGCCAGCGACUCAGCCACACGCGUGCACUUGCUUGCUUUCUUUCAUGCACCAACACAGAAAAUGUAAUGAGAGAUGAGAAAUGUUAUUAUGAUCAAUUUUUCUAGCUUUUCAACUACAUAGCAGCACAAUUGACACACACAGCGUAGUCACACAGUCAGGAGAAAAAUAGUUGGUAGGGUGCCACUAGGGUGCUACAAAAGACCUUAAAUAUGUUUGUAUUACAACUUGAGUUUACAAGUAACCUUACAUUUUGGUCAAGUAACAGUAUUUUUGUAUGAGUAGUAAUACUGUAUAUUCUAGUAUCUGCUAUGUAUUCUAAUUUGAAAAGUACUGUACUUUUUGAGUUUGAAGCUAUGGUGCAAUUUGUAUUUCUUCAUAUUUAAACAAAUAAAUGUUUGUAGAACCUA